UUCUUACGUACAAUAGACCUUCGGAGAAGAAAUAAAGCGCACAUACAGAGAAUGGGGAACGCCUUUACGUCUGCAUUUUUAUGGGCGUUUUAAAAAAAUAUGCAAACGCUCGAUAUUGUGUAUCAAAUUUCCUUAUAAUCACAACUUUCGCUAAUAUUUUUUUUCUUUUCGUGAUUUCAGAAUUUGACCUACUCCAAUGUUGUUCUCGAUAAUAACGAGCAGCUAAAAUGAUCUGGCGCCAGACCGAGUAUGGAUAAACCUCAUAGCCGGGAAACAGACAUAUGGAAAUAGAAUAUAAUGCCGAGAACCGUCUGUUCACCCCCUAUACGUUCACGCUCCUGGAUGAGGGGAGGGGUUGCAUGUAGAGACAAAAUGGCCACGCAUCUGUGCGUGUAAACGUGUUUAAAGUUGUGAGACUCUAAAUUUAGCAUCAACAAGGAAACUCCAGAUAGCACGAGAAAGCGAAGAAAAAUCUAGACGGGUCGUGUCAGACGACGUUUGCACUGCACAACCAAAAUCUAAUCGUGCUGUGAACGGUGGCAUUGUUGUACUAGUCUUUGAAGAAGCGUGAUAACUUUUACUGUGAUCAUAUAUAAUUUGAUGAGUGGGAUGAAAAUGAAUCGACCGGAAUCGCCGGCCAAUGGAAGUAAAGUGUGCGCCGUGUGUCGUGCAAAAGCCUCGCAAAUGUGUGGCGGAUGUGGUGAAAUCGCUUAUUGUGCCAAAGAACAUCAAAAACAACAUUGGCUAAUCCACAAAACCCAGUGCAAACCUUACAAAAUAGUCUUUGACGAGAAAUUUGGGCGUUGUAUGGUGGCAUCGAAGAAUAUCAAACCUGGAGAAAUAAUAUUUAGAGAAAAGGCAAUUAUGACAGGACCGAAACAAGGUUGUCUGCCAUGUUGUCUUACGUGUUACACGAGUUUGGAGAAUGUUGAAGAAGCCAGUCUUUUCCGAUGCCCUGGAUGCAAUUUUCCAUUUUGCCAAGAGAAAUGUGCCAAGAACUCUGUACACAGCGAAGCAGAGUGUUCGGUUUUAAGCAAAACAAAGUCCCGCAUUACCAUAACUGACAUGACGAAAUCGCACCCAGUUUACCAAUGCAUCUCUCCACUCAGAGGUCUUUUGUUGAAAACGACGCAGCCAAAACUAUUCGAGCCAUUCAAAGGACUCGAGGAUCACAAUAACUUGCGUCGAAAAACGGAAUUCUGGGGCGUCUACCAGGUUAACGUCGUCGAAUUUCUGCACAAAGUUUGCGAAUUAUCGGAUCAAUUUACCGAGGAGGAAAUCCAUUCUGCCUGUGGAGCUUUAGACGUCAACGCCUACGAAAUCCGGCCUCCCAACAGUGGCCAGCAACGAGUGCUGGGCGUUUUCCCACUCGCGUCCAUGAUGUCGCACAACUGCGUGUCCAACAUGAAUCACGUCAUCGACGGAAAUUAUCAGAUGACUGUCCGAGCUUCUGUUCCUAUCAUGAGAGGCGAACAAGUAUUUUCAAGUUACGCACUGGCAUUAGAAGGAACAAGAGAACGUCGAGCUCUGUUGCGCCAGAGCAAAUUGUUUGAAUGCGAUUGCGCUCGCUGUUCAGAUCCAACGGAAUGCUCGACUUACUUGAGCGCCCUUCGUUGCCAAAAAUGCUCCACCGGUUUUGUUCUACCCAUCCGGCCACUAGAAGAAAAGGAAACUCCAUGGCAAUGUUCGCAAUGCUCUUAUAAGCUCACGGCCAUCGUAGUCAAUCGAGUGGUCGAUAAACUUAAGGAAGAGUUCGAGGCCAUCGGACCUAAUGAAGUGGAAAAGUUCGAAGAAUUCCUCAAAAGGCACGCCACACUUGUUCAUCCCAAUCAUUUCUUGUUCACCAGUGCCAGACAAUCAUUGAGUCAAUUAUACGGCAGAGAUGAACGUUUCUUACUCAACAGUUUGACGAUGGAACAGCUGGAACGGAAAAUUUCCAUCUGUCAGCAAUUGUUAUCGGUCGCAAAUAUAGUCGAACCUGGUCUCACUCGAAUCAGAGGAGUGACGUUGUACGAAAUGCACGCUCCAAUGUUGUUGAUGGCCAGAAGAACGUUCGAAGCUGGGCAGUGCACCUCUGCGGAAUUCAAAGAAAAGAUCGAAGCCGUCCGGAGUAUCUUGGCUGAAGCUACGAGAAUCCUAUCGCUGGAAGAUCCAGCCUCGACGGAAGGAGCAAUGGGCACGGCGGCUGUUCAAGCGCUGGACCAAAUCCAGCGUUGGAUUUCUUCAAUGUGACAUCUUAUUGAGAAGAAUAAAUUCAAUUAUUUGACUCAGUUAUUUGAGUUGCGAGUGACGUACCCAUUCGAAAGACGAUGGUGAUUUGAAAUUCGAGUUAACUUACCUCAUCAAAUGAGAUCCUCACUAAAGCUAAUCGCAUUGUCGUUUUGUUUGAGAAAAUUACACAGUUAGUUCUACA